AAUCUUAAUCCACUCAUAAGUAGUGGGCCAAGUCCUCUCCAAACAAAUGCAACGGUUGAUCAUCAGCUCCUAAAACCCCAAGGCCUAAACCCAGGCAGGCACAUCUCAAUCCUCUGAACUGGCUAAACCGCCAAUUCCUCCUUCCAUUUCAUCACCUGCUCACAUAGUUUUACUCAACCCACAAUUUCUUUUCCAUUAGUUUCCAAUCUUGACAUGAAAAUUUGGCAAUCCAAUUGUUGAAAACAUGAUAAAAAGGAGGCCUUUCUAUCGUUCUCUCUACUUCAAACCCAAAAAAAGACCAAUUACUUCAACUUGUGCUGUCCCUUUAGACCCACAACCAAUCUCAAACGACCACACUUCCCUUUGCCAAUCCUUAGUCCAUGACCUUCUUCGCCGCGGUCUUUUAUCCUCUGCCCAGCAAGUUAUUCAGAGAUUCAUUGCCAGCUCUCCUACGGUCCCUGAUGCACUUUCCGCCAUUGAAUUUGCCUCUGCGAGUGGCGUGGACCUUGGCCUUGGAAUUUCUUGCGAGCUCCUUAAGAAACUGGUUGACUUGGGUGAGCCUCUAUCAGCGCAUGAGUUUUAUCGUGAUCAUGUGAUUGCUAGAGGUAUUGAACCGGACUCGAAUAUUGUCAAUUCUAUGAUUAUUUGUUUGGCUAAGUUAGGGAAAUUAGAUGAUGCUGUAAGGCUUUUUGAUAGACUUAUUGGUAGUGAUGAUUGUGUGCUUAGUAAUGCUGCCUGUACCAUGAUUCUUGAAGGGUUUUACGAGCAAGAUAGGUUUUUGGAAGCAUUUGAUUAUUUAGUUAGGAUCAGUGAUGCUAAUGUGAAAUUGGGCAUGUGGUUUUAUAAUGUUUUGAUUAAUGGUUUGUGUCAUCAACGGUAUGUGGGUCAAGCGAUACAAGUGUUUGAUACAAUGUGCAAAAGAACCGGGUUGCCGCCUACUCUGCAUAUGUUUAAGACAUUGUUUUUUGGGCUUUGCGAGGCAGGGUGGUUGGUGGAGGCGGAGUUGAUUUUUGAGGAGAUGGAGGUGCAAGGUUUCUUUGUGGACAAGGUGAUGUAUACCUCGCUAAUGAAUGCUCACAGUAAGAAUAAGAAGAUGAAGAUGGCAAUGAGGGUUUAUUUCAGGAUGCUAAAGAAGGGCUGUGACCCAGAUAUUUGUACUUAUAACACUUUAAUUCAUGGGUUUUUAAACAUGGGCUUGUUUGAUAAAGCAUGGGCAUUGUGGAGCCUGAUGAGUGACUCGGGGAUUCAGCCUAAUGAGGUCACUUAUAAUUUAAUGAUUUGUUAUUAUUGCAAGCAAGGGAAGUUAGAUUGUGCUAAGAUGCUUUUGAAUAGCAUGCUUCACUGCAAUUUGGCUCCCUGUGUGCAUUGUUAUACACCUAUAAUUGCUGCUCUUUAUAAGCAGAAUAGGUGUUUGGAAGUUUAUGAAUUGUGUGAAAGAAUGCUGGAAAGUGGAAUCAUUCCGGACCAUGUUUUCUUUUUUGUACUCAUGAGGAAUGAACCCAAGGGGCUUGAGCUUCAACUCUGUUUGUUGAUGUUGCAGGCAAUUGCCAAGAAUGGAUGUGGGUUGGACCGUUCUUCACUCUCAAUUUCUGAUAAGAUAAAUUCCAGUGCAGGUUUGGAGCAAGAAAUUGAGCUAAUUCUGAGAGAAAUCGCAAGAAUUGACUUGAAUCUAUGUAAUGUGGCUGGCAGCAUCUAUGUUAGUGCCUUGUGUGAGGGAGGAAAGACAGAAGCUGCGUUGGCCUGCUUUAAAAAUGUGGCCAGUGCUGGAUGCAUUCCUUUGCUUUUCACUUUCAACUCUUUGAUCAAACGUCUAUUCCAGGAUGGGCUGUUUGAGGAUGUCAAGUCUCUGAUUGACAUUAUGCAAAAUGAGGGCAUAGUUCCAAACUUGGAGACUUAUCUGAUUAUGGUAAAUGAAUACUGUAAACAAGAGGAUCUAGCAUCGGCUUUUGGUAUUUUGGACCAGAUGAAGGAAAUGGGACCAAAACCUAGUGUCGCUAUCUAUGACUGCAUCAUUGCUUGUCUAAGCCAACAGAGGAGAAUCUCUGAAGCCGAAACUCUUUUCCACAUGAUGCGUAGGGAUGGUUUGGAUCCUGAUGAAGUUGCCUAUAUGACAAUGAUCAAUGCAUAUGCUAGGGAUGGAAGAGGUGCUAAAGCCCUCAAUUUGUUUGAGAAGAUGAUAGAGAAUGCUAUCGAGCCAAGUUCUUAUUCUUACACUGCACUGAUAAGAGGAUUAGUGAAGAGAAAAAUGAGUAUUGAGGGAUGCGUUUAUCUUUAAAAAAUGUUGGGAGAGGGUUUUGUUCCAAAUAUUGUACUGUAUACCUUUGUCAUCAAUCAUUUUCUGAGGACGGGAGAGUUUAAAUAUGCUUUCAUACUGGUUGAUUUGAUGGUUAGAAGCAAGAUUAAAGCUGACCUCAUCUUGCACAUUGCUUGGAUUAGUGGUGUUUGCAGAAAUAUCACUGGCACCAAGAAAAGAUGGUACAUGACAAACAGAAUAUCUAAGAGGGUUAGAGAAUUGCUGUUUAAUUUGCUUCAUCAGAAAGCUUCCUUGCCUGGAGAAGAUGUUUUUACUAUUUCUGCACAUUCUCCUAGGGAAUUAAGACUUAGCAUCGAAGCUCAUGCAGAAUUAAAGGAACAGGGUUUAUGCCCUCCUUUACCUCUACAAUAUCAUUAUAUUUGGAUUUGGUGGGCAAAUAUGAUGCAGGAUGUACACCGUCAAUUUAAGCUGAUGCAAAAGGAGGGUAUACAUCCAUAUGUGACUUUCACAAUUCUCAUUGGUGCACAUGGCAGGGCUGGUGAAAUUGAUCGUGCAAUAGGGUUGUUUAAUAGGAUGAGUGCAGAUAGGUGUACUCCUGAUAGAUGUGCAUACAGCACUUUACUGAAAUCUUUUUCUGAGUCUGGUAGAGAAUAGAUGCUUUAUCUCUUUUACAUACGAUGUGCAAGAGGGGCUUCUUUUGAGCUGGCUUGCUUUUGAAAAGUUACUCCAUUAUUUUUGUGCUACUUACAUAAGCAUUCCUGCCUUCAGAAUAUCUGAAGAAAUGGUUGCUUGCCAUCUUGUGCCUUGCCUGUAUAGAUGGAACUGGCUGCUUUAUAUCUUAUGCGAGGAAAAGAAACUUCACGAAGCUUAUAGGGCAUGUGAUGUGAUGUUUGAGAGAGUAUUUCUGCCUGAUGAGUCAGUAAUGAGGCUGCUAGUGGAAACAUCUGAUGAACAUCCAUUGCUUCUCGUGAACCAAGAAAUUCUGAACAAAUAUGAACUGCCCCCCUUUUCUCAGUAGACCUCGACUUUCACCAAUGUCUCACAAGUCUGCAUAAAGUUUCCUUAUGGCUCUGCUUGCUUUGAUCCACAUUGGUCAGUUUUCAAGUUUCUGUUUGGAGGAGAUCCUAUGGUCUUCUUUGAAGUCAUAGUCUCUUACAGCAGUGCCUGUUCUCUGGGUGUUCACCGACAGGUUUUCUUUCAUCUGUCCUUCUUCCUAUAGAUUCCUUCUCCUCCUUUUCUCUGGGUCGUGCUCUGAGAGGUAGAGUAUUUAUAAAGUUACCUUUUGCUUUUAUCUACCAGAAAUGUGGACGAGUCCUUUUCUGUUUAUGAGUAUUGUUUCUUAUUGAGUUUUAUAAGCAAUACAUGUUUAAUGUUGUGUAUAGGAUAUUUAGGUGAUACUGUUAUUGAACUUGAUUUGGCACCUUUUUAAAUACAUGGUUUAGAGUUUGAGAAAUUUACUUAUCUUGACCUACUAACUGCAGGUUAUUGCGGUCAACUGAAAGAUUCCUGGUUCUCUCAUUGAUGAUAUUACUGCUAAAAGUGUUGAUAUUCAUGUAUUAAAGAACUGGAUAAAGAGCUCCUGAUGACUUGAUCUGGGAUCCGAAAGUGAUGUGUCCCAUGACAAGAUGGUAAUCAUUGGCAGAUUGUCUACUUCCAUCGAAAUGGAAUUUUACAUGCAAGAUUCAAGUAAAAGGGUCGAAUCGAAAGGGUCGAAUCGUGAGCUUCUAUUUUCUGUCUAAUAAUCUCCAAGAGCAUCUGGUGGCUUUCCCUAUUUUAUAAAUAAUUAGGAAAUUGUUAUUUUCUUUUGCACUGCCAUAUGCCCUGAUGGGGAUAUUAUCCUCUGGUUUGGCAACUGGUAUAAUCAAAACCACAUAAUUACUAUCUGUUCUAGGGUUUAAAUUUUCUUCUCAACCAUGAUGGUUUACUGGAUUGAGCCUUAAUGUUAGCAUGGUUUAAUGAGUUCCAGGCAUAUAGGAUCACCUCAAAUCUGGAAACAACCUUGGAAUGCUUGAGAGAGUUCUAUCUAAUGGGAAGGGGCCAGAUGAAUAUACAGAAGUCUUGUACCUUACAGUAUUGUGUGAAACCAUUUAAGUUGAUCCAGGGUGGUUUUGCUGUUCGUGAACUGGAGGUGGCCCAUUAUUUUCAAUGCAGGAUUUGUUUAUGUUAUCUGCUAUAGCAGUCAAUCAGAAGUUUCCUGGCACCCUCUUAUGAAUGCUACUGCUACUACCAAAUGCGUUUACUUGCUAUGGAUCAUUCACAGGGCCAAGUUUAAUAACACUAGAUCAGUAGUGGUGAGUAAAUUGAUUGCAGCCUUUUGGAUUUAUUCAAGUUAGUCAGAGCUGUGAGUGCAGAGCACACUUUGCCAUCAUUUCUUCGUCAUGGCCCUCUCUAUCUUGGUGGAGCCAAAAGUCAAAAGCUGGGGCAUCUAAGUCCAAUGGCAACGAAUUAGGCCAACCAAGUCACUGCAAAGUCAAGCCAUUUUCUGUGUCUCAUCAUAGAGUCCGCAACACUAUUUGUACUUCUGGUUUGUCAACGGGAUGGCCGAAGCUAGCUAUAUGCAUUCACCCCCCACGUUCAUUUAUUUUUAAAGGGCACGGUGAAUAGAUGACUUUGGGGU